UUUGCAAGUGGUUCGGGACGUCAUGUGGGUUGAGGGACGCAUGCGAGAGCUCCGCAGUCCAAGUAAAAGGUGCGUUGCGGCUUAUUGGAUGUAGCUUGGGAUGUAUGUCACUCGCGUGAGACGGGUUCCUAUUUAGGAGCUCGAAGGACCCUGGGUAGUUUCUCGAGCGAUGACUUGUUGAUUCCCGCAUUCUCCAGCUGGUUUUCUUUUCUGUGCUGUACUGCUAGAGGUGACAGUUGUCAAUCGAUUUCACAAUGUCGAACGGAAUCCUUAGAACGUCUGGCUCCAGCAUCGUCGAUGCCGAUGGAAACUCCGUUCUCCUACGCGGUACGGCUCUCGGCGGCUGGAUGCUGAUGGAGAACUUCAUGAACGGGUUCCCCGGCCGCGAGCACCAGAUCCGUGCCGCGCUGCUCAAGGUUUUGGGCAAGGAGAAGUGCGACUUCUUCUUCGACCGGUUCCUCGAGUACUUCUUCACCGAAAAGGACGCCGAGUUCCUCGCCUCCAUCGGCUUCAACUGCGUCCGCCUGUCGUUCAACUACCACCACUUCGAGGACGACAUGAACCCCUUCGUCAUCAAGGAGGAGGGUUUCAAGCAUCUCGACCGUGCUAUUGAGAUUUGCGCCAAGUACGGAAUCUACACCAUCCUUGACCUUCACUCGGCUCCCGGUGGACAGAACCAAGACUGGCACUCGGACAACCCGACCGGCUACGCCGCCUUCUGGGACCACAAGCACUUCCAAGACAGAGUCAUCAACCUGUGGCAGGUGAUCGCCAAGCGCUACGCGGGCAACCCGUGGAUCGCGGGCUACAACCCGCUCAACGAGCCGGCCGACGUCGAGUGGACGCGCCUCCUCUCCUUCUACGACCGCAUCGUGCCCGCCAUCCGCGAGGCGGACCCGGAGCACAUUCUCUGGCUCGAGGGCAACACCUUCAGCAUGGACUUCUCGGGCUUCACAAAGGUGUUUGACAACUCCGUCUACGCGGUGCACGACUACUGCGGCUUCGGCUUCCCCAACCGCAUCGGCAGAUACCAGGGCCUGAAGGAGCAGGAUUCCUACAUCCGGCAGAUGUACGACCGCAAGGUUGCCUUUAUGAAGGAGCACAACGUGCCGAUCUGGAACGGCGAGUUCGGACCCAUCUACGAGCGCGAAGAGUAUAACCCCGACUGGGAGGAGCACAACGAAGAGCGGUACAAGAUGCUGGACAAGCAAAUGGCCAUCUACACAGACGAGGGCAUCGCAUGGAGUAUCUGGGCCUACAAGGACGUCAACGUCAUGGGCAUGACAUACCUCUCCCCGGACUCGGCCUGGCUCAAGCUCCUCGGCCCCAUGAUCCGCAAGAAGCGCGACCUCGCCGUGGACAGCUGGGCGUACGACGACGCCCACCUCCAGCCCAACCUUUUCGGGCCCCUGCACAAGUGGUUCGAGGACAACGUGCCGGCCGAGUACUCCAAGAAGUACCCCUGGCAGUGGCGCAUGCACAUGCACGUGUUCCGCGGGAUCCGCGGCAUCACCAUGGCCGAGUACAUGAUCCCCGAGUGGGCCGACUGCUUCCGCGGCAAGACGCUCGCGGAGCUCGACGAGCUGGCCGCCAGCUGGAAGUUCGAGAACUGCGUGCGGCGCGGGAGGCUGAACGAGCUGCUGAGCCUGUACGCGCCCAUGCGGCCCGGGGACGAGAGGCUGGAGGGCAAGGUGAUCCCGUCCGAGGCCGAGAGGGAGGGGGGCGCCGGGCCCAAGGAGACGGUCUCUGGCGUCGGGGUGUUCGAGCUGGCGCCGGACGAGAAGAAGAGGAAGACGCUUGCACAGGCCGGCGGGACGCCUGUCGCUGUUGCUUCGUAAAGCGUGGUUGUUGUUUUUCUCUUCCUUUUUUCUGUUCUUUCGGGAGACGAGGCAUUUUGUGUGCUGCAUACAAUCGGCGUUAUUGUUACUCGGGGGGACUCUUGUAGACUUGCUUGAAUCAAGGUUAUUAUCAACUUUCCCAGACAGUGUCACUAUAUCAUAUCCUCUUCUUCACUUUUGAGAAAUCUUAGAGCCGUAAGCGGCUUUGAGAUCUGAUGAAAUGAUCCACGACAAAUGUUUUGUUUUGCGACCCCUC